AUGUUCUCCAAGAUUGCUCUGUUCUUCUUCGCUCUCCUGGCUGUCAUCAUCAGCAAUGGACAAGUUGAGGUAAAAAUACAGUAAUUGGAUAAAAAUUUUUCUCAUUAUUGUUUUUCUUUUCUGUUUCUUGUACUCUGAAGAUUUUGUAUGAUCAAGAAAUUCGUUCGUAUUUUAAAACCAAAAUCUAAUGCCAUCGCAUUUCAGGCCUGCCGCGGAGGUACCCCCGUUGAUAUCUGGCAAACCCCUUAUGGCAAUGGAUACAACUACAACCAAUUCUAUCCUCCAACUGACGGCUUCCGACUUCGUCGUGCCUACCGUGAUAUGAUUCGCCAAACCACCGCCGUUCCCGCUCAAACUGACACCAACACCGCCUAA